AUGUGGCCACAAUGUUACCGUAUCGAAGACACGCCGUUGGACCUUUGUACACACGUGCUGUACUUCGCGGCUAGAACCGAUCCGGAAUCCUACGAGAUAAAACCGAUGAAUGCACGAAUCGCUAUACUGGAGAAAGGGUACCAAAAGUUUGCCGAUCUCAAGAAACGACGGCCCGAUGAAAAGGGCUGGAAAUUCGAUUGGGACGAACGAAGUGCGUCGCCAUUUGCGUAUCGCGGUAAUGAGUGGAUUGGUUAUGAGAAUGAAGUUUCGCUCGAGGAGAAGGCAUACUUCGUGGACAAUGAGGAUUUAGGAGGUAUACUAGUCGUUGCAUUGGAGAACGAUGAUUACAAGGGGGUCUGCGGAAAGAAGUACCCUUUGCUGACGGCUCUUUUUGAGGCUUAUAGGCCGACCUGGUCCACCGACGACGACCCAUUUGCCUUUGCCAUCGAGCGAUCCCGUCGUGAUGUAGGCCCAAAGUGA